UAAUGUCUCUUUCAGCUUUAAGAGCAACAGUUUCAUUCUUAACAUUAAACUCAUUACUACAAAUAUAUGAGAAUCAACCUGUAGAAUUUUGGGAUUCCAAUUAAAUGAUGUCACAUCCAAAAUUAACUCCCAUAUUCUAAUCAAAUCAAGUAAUUAUUUUAUUUAAACUCAGUAUUUGAAUUUGCUAGCUGCCUUUUUCACACUUACAUUUAUUGAUACAUCUAACAAACUUCAAAUUACUAAUUCUAUUGCAGUUUCUACUUCCGUUAUCAUCUAAAAUUUGAAGUAUAUUCUCUUAUUUAUUACUUAGUCUGUUAUUACCAAAGACAUUCAAUAUGAUAUCUAUAUAUUUGUAAUUGAUUGUUCUCAUUUACUAACUCUUUAGAUUGUUUUCCUCAUAUUAUGAAAAAUUGCAAUUUGAUAAAAUACCUUAAUCUAAUUCAACAUUUCAAUGUUAAGAAAGAAUUAAAGAAUAAAAAACAAUCAAAAAGUAGACUUAGAAAAAACAAAUCUCUCAUAAAAAGAAAGAAAAAGUAUAAUUAAAACAAUUACAGUCAACAUAAACACCAUAAAUUGAAAAAAUUGAAUAAACAGAUAACACAGAAGUAGAAUCAAUUGAAAAUGAUUUUACAGAAUUUAUGAAGCAACCAUCUAAUGAUUAAACUAUUACAGAAAUAGAAACAGAAAAUUUAUAUGAAAUUAAUCAUGCUGAUUUAUCUCAAAUAUCAUAAGUUAAAGAAGAUUCAAGUAUUAAUUAUUGUAACUUUCUUAGAAUUAACAUUUCAACUUAAAAUUAAUGGUGAAUUUACUAAUUUAAAUUGUACAUUUGAAACUUUUGAUACAACAAUGAACAUUUUAAAUUCUUCAUACACAUUAGAUCAAAUUAAACAAAUUAAAAUACAUUUGUUAUUAAACCUAUAUGAUGAAAAUGAAGACUGUUCUUGUAGACUAUGGUGUCUAAAGAAACUCCUAUCAUAUAACUGAU